AUGUGGCUGCUGCUCUUGGUGGCCUGGAGUAUGGGCUUUGGUGAGGCCUUCAGGUGCUAUACUUGCGAGCAGCCCACAGCCAUUAACUCGUGCAAGAAUAUUGCUCAGUGCAAGCUGGAAGACACUGCCUGUAAGACUGUACUGGAGACGGUGGAAGCAGCGUUCCCCUUCGACCAUAGUCCCAUGGUGACCCGCUCCUGCUCCAGCUCCUGCCUGGCUACUGACCCUGAUGGCAUCGGAGUUGCCCAUCCUGUCUUCUGUUGCUACCGUGAUCUCUGCAACUCAGGGUUCCCAGGGUUGGCGACAGGCCUCUAG